CAGGCAAUAUUGCUUUAUUUUUCAUCUGGCUGGUGUGGGUAUUGUAAAUUAUUUACUCCAAAAUUAAAGAAAUGGUAUGAAGAAGCAGGAAAAAAAGAAGGGAUAGAAAUCAUUUGGAUAUCGCGCGAUAGAGCUGCUGAAGACCAAGUUGAAUAUUACGAGAAAAGUCUUCCUAAUGUACCUUAUAUACCAUUUGGAGAUAAUCAUAUUCAGGAACUUUUGACAAAAUAUAAAGUGAAAACGAUACCUGCUGCUAUGCUGGUUAAUAAUGAAGGCGAAGUUGUGGAAAUGGACGCGAGAAAUAAAAUUGAGGUGAACGAUAUGAAGAAUACUUUUGUCUAUGAAUGUAUUUUUGUUUGA